CGGAGCAACAGCUAGGAAGUAGUAUACGCGCAUAAAAAGCCAUAAAGGGCCCGCGUUUCUCCUGAUUUCCAAGCAGUUUGUCGAGUGAGCUGAGCUCAUGAGUUUCAAGUCGUAACAGAGUAUUCGUCAUUCGAUCCGUUCCGUUCUAUUGUCACGAGUCUAAUAUACAUUUUUUCUAUUGUGGAUGCGCAUAUUUGUCUGCUGACUCAUUUAUUUUUUGUGUUGUUUAUGUUCAGAAUAAUUAAUUAAUCAUGAAAAGUCUAUUGGUCUUUCUCAUGGUAGCACUUGCGGCCGUUUCUGCAGUUUCGUUUACCGACGUGGUGUUGGAAGAAUGGAAGGCCUUUAAGGCUCAGCACAAUAAAGGGUAUGAAAGUGAUAUUGAAGAAAAGUUCAGGCUUAAAAUCUUUAUGGAGAACAAACACAAAAUUGCCAAACACAAUCGCAAAUACGAAACAGGACACGUUACUUACAAGCUACAGCUUAACAAAUAUGCUGAUCUGCUCCAUCAUGAAUUCGUGCAUUAUUUGAACGGAUUCAACAAAACUCAACCUGGUCAGCUUCAAGGCUAUCAAAAGUUGCGUGGUGCGAAAUUCGUUAUGCCUGCAAAUGUUGAACUACCCAAAUCUGUUGAUUGGAGGGAUCAGGGUGCAGUGACUCCUGUCAAAGAUCAAGGACAUUGCGGUUCUUGCUGGUCUUUUUCAACGACUGGAGCUUUGGAAGGGCAGCACUUCAGACAGACUGGCAAGCUUGUGUCUCUCAGUGAACAGAAUCUGAUCGACUGUUCCGGCAAAUAUGGCAACAAUGGCUGCAGUGGCGGUCUCAUGGACAAUGCAUUUAAGUACAUUCGGGACAAUAAAGGCAUCGAUACCGAAAUAAGCUAUCCAUAUGAAGGUAAAGACGACAGAUGCCGUUAUAGUUCAGAAGAAAGUGGUGCUGAGGAUGUUGGUUUUGUCGACGUUCCUGAGGGUGACGAAGAGAAACUAAAGGCUGCUGUUGCAACCAUUGGCCCAGUCUCUAUUGCUAUUGAUGCUUCACACCAGACCUUCCAAUUUUACUCAAGUGGAGUCUAUUUUGAGCCCGAAUGCUCGUCCACUCAACUCGACCAUGGUGUCCUUGUCGUUGGCUAUGGCACAGACGAGGAAAGUAAUGAAGACUACUGGUUGGUGAAAAACAGCUGGAGUGAAGGAUGGGGUGACAAAGGAUACAUCAAGAUAGCCCGAAACAAAAACAAUCAUUGCGGUGUAGCAUCAUCGGCUUCGUACCCGCUCGUCUGAAUGUCAAUUUGAAAAGACAUAAUCAUAAUACCAAGUGCACACAUGCAUUGAGUUAUUUGUACGUUUGAUCGUGCAUUACACUAUAACUCUCAAAACACGACGAUUUCCAGUAAAACUGUUACAAAUUUUUUUUUUUUCUUUUAAUUUUUUUGUUAAAAAGAUACGAUUUUUCAUAAGGAAAACAUGAUGUACGAUAUACGAUGGAUCUUUGAUUGUGAUAAUUUGCUGUUUUUGUAGAGAAAGUAAUGUGCAAGUCUUUAAUGACAGCACGUUUCUUUCAUGCAAUAAUUAUAAUUUUAUACUUUUCAAACACACAAGUACUGUGAACAUUUUAUGCAUUGAGAUAUUUCUAUGAUAUUAAAUAAAAUAGGAUUUAAAGUUUUGAAAAAAAAAA